AUGGAAAAUAUGCUCAUUAAGGAUAAACUUGUUACUAAUAUUGAUUCUACUACAAAUAUUGAUUCUAUUGCAAACAUUUCUAUUGAUGAUGAUUUUGAUGAUGCUGGUUUAAACGAUGAUAACAAUGUUGAUUUAGAUGAUGACGAUGAUGACAACGAUAACGACAACGAUGAUGAUGAUGAGGGGGAAAGAAACAAUAUUGAUGAUGGUUUUGUUGAGGUAAAUUUGAAUGUCCCAUGUCUUGAAAAUAGAACUUUUGAUGAUUCCUUUGACGAUGCAUACAUAUGUAAUGUUCUUGAUGCUAGUUAUGCACCUCACACUCUUGAAGAUAACCAUUUACCACGUCCUCGUGUAUCCCCUAGUGAUCAUUAUAAUGAAAGAAGUCAUGUUAGUAGUACACCAUGCUCAAAUGCAACAAGUAUUGAUGAAGAUAUUUUUUGUGUUGGUCAAUAUUUUGUGGAUAAGAAAGAGUUGAAGAUGAAAGUACACAUGCUUACUAUACGACGAAACUUUGAAUUCAAAGUGAAAAAAUCAAAUAAGAAAUUAGUGGUUUUGGUUUGUGUUGACCCCAAUUGUAAGUGGAGAAUUCGUGCGACAAAGACAUGUGCAACAGGUUUGUUUGUUAUUCGCAAGCAUUGUAAUGAACACACUUGUUCUUUAGAAAUGCGACAAAAUCAUCAUCGGCAAGCAACUUGUUCUAUUAUUGCAGAGCACUUGAAAGCGAGAUAUGAAGGUGUGAAAAAAGGUCCAAAUCCAGCACAAAUAGUUAAUGAGAUGAACAAGAAUCUUGGUGUAAAGUGUAGUUAUUGGAAGGCAAGAAAGUGUGCACAUGAACUUAUAAGGGGUUUAGCGGCAAACAGUUAUCCAAAACUCCCAUCUUACUUGUACAUGGUCCAAAAGUCUAAUCCUGGUACGUACACUAGAUUAAUUGUUGAUGAAGAACAGAAAUUCAAAUAUUUAUUUUUGUCUUUGGGAGUAUCCAUUAGAGGUUUUCGUUACAUGAGAAAAUUUAUAUCUAUUGAUGGAACUCAUUUGAAAAACCAAUUUGGAGGAAAUUUACUCAUUGCAACUGCACAAGAUGGAAAUUUUCAAAUUUAUCCUCUUGCUUUUGGUAUUGUUGAUUCUGAGAAUGAUGCAUCUUGGAAUUGGUUUUUGACAUGCUUACGAGAUCAAGUGCAUGAUACUACUGAUUUAGUGUUUAUAUCUGAUACACACAAAAGCACUAUAAAGGGAGUUCGAAAUGUAUUUAAAAAUGCUUACCAUGGAGCUUGUAUGUGGCAUCUUGGAAAAAAUAUAAAGACAAAAUUUAGUGGUAAAGGUUUGAAAAAGUUGUUUGAGAAGACGGCAAAAGCGUACAGAGUUUCAGAGUUCACAAAAUUAUUUGCCGAGAUUUCUACAAAAAAACCAAGUCUGGCAACAUACCUGAAGAAUGCAUCUUUUGAAAGCUGGUCCAGAUGUCAUUUCCAUGGUAAUCGAUACAACAUCAUGACCACCAACAAUUCUGAGUCAUUGAACCAAGUUUUUAGAGAAGCUCGAGAAUGGCCCAUCAUUCCUUUAUUGGAGGAAAUUAUCACUACACUCUCCAGAUGGUUCUAUGAGAGAAGGACAAAUGAAAAUUAUUGUCCAACACCACUUACAAUUGACGCAGAAGAUAUAAUGAGACAAAGAUACGAACAAUCAAGGUACAUGAGAGUUACACCCAUUAAUCUAAGUGAGUUCCAUGUUAAAGGUGAGCCACUAGACGGUCUAGUUAAUAUUGAGGAACAUUCUUGUACAUGUCAAGAGUUUGACAUUGAUAAGAUUCCAUGUAUUCAUGGCAUCGCUGCAGCAAUGCAUCGUGGAGUAAAUGUUUAUAGUCUAUGCUCAAAAUUCUACACGACUGAAUUUUGGAGGAUGGCUUAUGCAGAAUCUAUUUACCCUUUACCACCUGAAAUAGAAUGGCUUCUUCCAGAAGAGGUUAAGUCUCAAGUCAUUAUCAAACCAGUUAAGUUAAUUCCCCCAUGGAGACCAAAGAAUAAACGAAUUCCUUCGAGAGGAGAGUUUCCAAAGGAGAAAAGUAAUUCUGCACCUGAAUCGUCAUCAAAGAAAGUAAAGGGUAAGGUUUCUGAUGUUGAUGGGGGAAAAAGCAACGGAAGUGUUCCAAUUGUGGAUGUUAUGGGCACAGCAAAACCACAUGCAAGAAGCAGUCGAAAUUUUAGACAAGCUGUCGAAAUCUUUAGACAGGCAGUCGAAAUUUUAGACAAGCUGUCGAAAGCUUUAGACAGGCAGUCGAAAUUUUAG